GGAGGAGCCGCACUGCAAAGCAGAAUGCACAGCUAUCACAGAAGGGUGUAUGUAUGAGAGAGCAGGCAGCUGAUGCUGAGGAACAGAUCUGCAUUUGAACCAAAACAUUUAUCUUACACCCAGAACAAAGAUGAACCACUGUAACACAAGUAGAACUUCUGUAGGUGACGGUGCUCAGAACCAAAACUCAGACAGCACUGCGUGCCACAACGCUGAAAGCCUUUCAGCUUUGCUCUCACAACCAUACUUUAGAGCUGACUGAUCUCUGCACUGUAAGUGGAACACAGUCCACACAAUUGCUCUGUUGUCUGUAAGGUAAGGCACAAUAGAGACAGUGAGCUGUUCUACCUUAAACCUUACAGCUCUUCCCAUUCGGUGGUUAGCAGGUCAUUGCCUGGCUUAAUAAAGCUUCUAAUUGAGCUGCAAUUUACUUUGACUUUAUAGAGCGAUUAAAGCAUCCUUAAUCUUCAUAUGAUUUUAGAUCAACAUCUCUUCAGUGAAAAAAAGCUUUUUUCCUUUGAGUUCUAGGACAACUGUCCUGUGAGCUGAGCUACCAUUUCCCACAAAGGCAGGGUUCUGACUUCUAAAAACGCACGGCACUGCAGUGCUUGAAAGAGCGUCUCAUACAUAAAGAUGUUUCCUGGGUGCUGGCAGGGAAACACAGUUGGACAAUCCCAGUAGGCAAGUCUUAUUACUAAAACUCUUACAUUACCACGAAUAAUAAUAAUAAUAACAAUAAUAAAGCAAUGUAAGAGUUCUUAAAUGCACAAAGGAGGAAAGAGCCUCCGACAACAGCAGCUACAAAGACCUGAGCAAGGAACCUAAAUGAAUAAAAAAGUCAAUAAUUGUACAGCCUUAACAUGAGAGAUUGGGCAUCAUCUUCUUUCUUUCUCCACGUACAGAACCAUCACUCCCACAGGAGCACAACAGGACCCUCCUGAGGUGGUUUUUGCACUGUGAAGCCACCAGAACCAGAAAAGCUAAAUGCAAAGAAUGCCACCCAAAGAAAGCACAGCGUUUGGUCUUGAACAAUCACCAUAAACUCAGCAAUGGGACAGAUUGCCUCAGAUAUCAGCAGAAAAAUAUUGUUCAGCAAAUUAUUCUUGGCACAAACAACAAGGCCAGUAAAUGCCCUGGGAGAAGGGAACUCCCUGAUGGUGACACCCACUGUCAAAAGUAUAAAUAGAGAGUGCUGGGGAUGAAAAUUUACAGUCCUGAAUCUUAUCAGGCUGUGCACCUAAACUCGGGACUGUGGUUAGACUCCUGCCUGCUGCCAGUAUGAGCUGUGGCACCAAAUCCUCCUCCAGCACCACCAGGAUCAGCAGCGGUGGCGGAUGCGGCGGUGGUAGCGGCGGUGGAGGGGGCAGCAGCUGCGGCAUCCGCAAGUCUGGGGGAUACUCCUCCGUGUCCACCAGAAAAUACACCUCCUCUGGAGGGAGCGGAGGCUUCUCUGGGAGAAGCUUUGGUGGAGGAGGCUCCAAGACCAGCUAUGGCGGGGGGUUCAGCAGCGGCAGCUGCGGAAGGAUUGGCCGCAGUAGCUAUGGUGGGAGAAUGAGCGGCGGCAGCUAUGGAGGAGGAAUGGGUGGAAGUAUGGGAGGAGGAUAUGGAUCGUGUGGAGGUGGCUUUGGGGGCAUGGGAGGUGGUUACGGAGGAGGCAGCUUUGGUGGUGGCUCUGGUGGAUACAGCGGAGGUGGAUUCAGUGGCUUUGGGGGCAGCGGUGGCUUUGGUGGGGGUAGCUAUGGUGGAGGCAGCUUUGGCGGAGCGGGAUUUGGUGACGAUUCUGGACUGCUCUCCACAAAUGAAAAGCUGACCAUGCAGAACCUUAAUGACCGCCUGGCCUCCUACAUGGAUAAAGUACGAGGCUUGGAGGAAGAAAACGCUCACCUUGAACGUCUGAUCAGGGAGUGGUACCAAAAGCAAGGUCCCACUGGUUCCAAGGACUACAGCCAAUAUUACCGAACAAUUGAAGAACUGCAGAACCAGAUUGUUGGUGCAAAUGUGGACCUGAACAGGAUGCUUCUUGACAUUGACAACACCAGGAUGACUGUGGAUGACUUCAGACUGAAGUAUGAGACUGAGUAUACUCUCCACCAGAGCGUGGCAAGUGAUAUUAAUGGAUUACGUCCACUUUUGGAUCAACUGACUCUAUCCAGAUCAGACUUGGAGACACAGUUUGAAUCCCUGAAAGAGGAACUGAUCUACCUUAAGAAGAACCAUGAAGAGGAAAUGAAAGGACUGCAAACACAGUCUGGUGGUGAUGUCAAUGUUGAGGUCAAUGCUACUCCUGGCACUAAUUUGAUGGAAAAAUUAAAUGAAAUGCGUUCUGAAUAUGAGCGGCUUAUUGAGAACAACCGAAGAGAGGUGGAAAGCUGGUAUGAAACCAAGAUGGAAGAAGUUAAUCAACAAGUCCAUUCAAGCGGCCAGGAGAUACAGUCCAGCAACCAACAGAUCUCUGAGCUGAGACGUGAAUACCAAAGCCUGGAAAUCGAGCUGCAGUCGCAACUCAGCAUGGUAGACUCUUUGCAGUCCAACCUGGAGGACACAGAACGCCGCUACAACAUGCAGCUGCAGCAGAUCCAGGGCAUGAUUGGCCCCUUGGAGGAGGAGCUGGCCAGCAUCCGCUGCGAGAUGGAGAGCCAGAACGAGGAGUACAAGAUGCUGCUGGGCAUCAAGACCCGCCUGGAGCAGGAGAUUGCUCAGUACCGGUCACUGCUCGAGGAAGGACAGCAAGACCUUGUAAUCCCGGCAGGAGGAAUAGGAGGAGGAAUGGGAGGAGGAGGAGGAAUGGGAGGAGGAAUGGGAGGCGGCAGAAUAGGUGGUGGUGGUUUCUCUGGAGGAGGAAGAGGAGGAAGUGGUAGCAUGUGUGGUGGAAUGGGAGGAGGAAUAGGAGGAGGAAGCGGAGGAAUGGGAGGGGGAAGCGGAGGAAGCUGCAUCAUUGGCGGAGGAGGAAGCGGAGGAGGAGGAAGGACCUCAGGAGGCGUCAGCAGUUCCCACUCCUACUCUUCAUCUUCCCAGUCUCAGUCAUGCAGGGGCGGUGGUGAAAGCCAAGGUUACGGAAGAAAAUCCUUUGACUAAGAACUGAGGAUUCUACAGUGCAAGACCUGUCAAAGAGAAAUCGGCCCAACACCCCAGUAUUCCUCA